AUGAAGAGAAGAACUGCAGAGACAGUUGCAAGAACCCCCAAAAAACAACGUAUAGCGGAAAACGGAAGUUCACCAGUGAUUUAUCAUCAAUUGCUUGACCCAACUAUUGCCAAGUUUAUUAACAUGGAAAACCUGAUCUCCCCGUCAAAGAGGUCUCGCAGCCUGAAGCAAAAGGACGGAAAUAAAUCCAUCUAUGACAGUGUUCUAUUGGAAAAUGCCUAUAGAAUGUUUGGAAUCUCUUCUUUCCCGGUUGUGGAUCCCAGUGAUCUGAAGCUGAACGAAGAAACGAAGGAGAUUCAGAUCACAAGAGAAAUGAUUGGGAUCAGGCUUGAGGUCUUCAAUGAGAGCUUAUCAAAGUACGAGAAGCCUUACUACGUUCUGCUCAAGAAGAAGAUGAAAUCUGAUUCGUGGACUUUGUUCAAACACACAGUACCACAAUACAUUGACGUGAGAGCUCUAUUUAACAAUACAAAUGGCGGAAUAAUAACGUCGCAUAAUUCCAUCUAUCUGUUUGCCAGAGAUCUGUAUAAGCAGCUGGUAGCACUGAGCAUGCGAGUGCAAUACCUGGAGGAGCUGGCAAAUUCGAAACUAGUCGACGAUCUCGAUAUCGAUUUAGAAGCGGCUGCAGUGUCAUUCACCCGGAAUGGAGCUCUUUUUAAGCUUCUACUGCGGGGGGACGAAGUAGUAUCCUGCUCGAUUCGCAGUAAUUUUAUUGAGGCCAGCCUCAGACCACGACAUGAGGCGUUAUUUCUGGGGCCUAUUAAUGAACUAGCAUUGAAGUUGAAACAUAUGGAUCAGCAGUAA